AGUCGUGCGAACGUUCGAGAAAAGUUAACAUUGCAUUCUUUUUAAAAGCGAAACAGAUAAUAAAUUCUAGUGGCAGAUUGUAUUGUUCUGUUUUUAAAUUGAAAAAUUAAGGCGCGAAAUGAUAAAGGCGGGAUUGAUUCUGCUUGUUUUUGUGGCGAGCUGUUAUUGUUUGGAAGACGCUGAUGUGCUCUUUGAAGAUGGGAGGGCUAAGAAGAAGAAAAGUCCUGCGAAAUUGAUAGGUAUGAUUCUUCUCUUCAUGCUAUCCAAGGUCGCAAUUUUCAAGGCAGUAUCGGUUUUCCUAAUGAUGACGUUGUUCCAAAAACUAUUCGCGAUUGCUGGUAUCUUUCUCCAACACUACAUGAAGAGGGACAGACCAGCGCCGGUGUAUGGGAGCCCGCAGUAUGACACAGUUGGAUACAGCUAUGGUCCACCCGAUGAGCCGUUGAAAGACUACCCUGGAAACGAUUUGGGGAGCUCCUUUGAUUGGUUGUUGAGUAAGAAUAAAUAA